AUGUCAUCUUACGACGAGGCACAACCGUCAAGCAUCGAUCAGAUUGCCUCGGGGCUCGAUCGUCUUGCACCUGAAUUGACCAGGCACAUCGUCCAAUACGUCGGCAAGGGAGACCUGAAGAGCGUACGCCUUGUCAACAGAGGCAUGGAAAACCAUGCCGCCAGCGAGAUGUUCAGGGACGUGUUCCUGUCGCCUGGGGAAGAUAUGAUGGAGAGAUGGAACAACAUUGUCCAAGACGAAAGACUUCGACACCUUCCCUGGCACGUCACUAUACAGACCCGUGAGAAACUUGAAACUGAUCAUAAGUACGAUGAGUUUCCAGACAACUGGGAGCAAAGCCUGAGAGCACUUGAAAGGCUACCCAACGUCUCAUCUAUCAAGAUCGUCUUCACCGAAGAAUGUGCGGGCGAAGAGUCGGUCAACGCGGGCUGGUCCGAUGAGUAUGUGGGGGAAUUUCCCGAGCAGCGGGAGGAGAUGCUCGUCAGUAUCUUCGGAGCUAUUGAGCGCCGAGCAUCCAAUGGAGAAAACAGAAAGAUUCGCAAGUUAUCGAUAGUUCAUUUGCAAAACUACCCACUGCCAGAAUUUACAAAGUCUGAUCUCUUCAGGGGCGUCAUGGACAACCUUCAUGAGCUGCACCUCAUGAUGGUACAGGAAUACAACGAGCAUGGACCUGAUCACGACUACACGAAAGUGGAACUACGGACAUUUCUUGCCCAUCUGUGCGCGGAUUGGCUGAGCCCUAUCUCGCAGAACUUGAAAGCACUCUCACUCCACCACUUGGCCGAUAACUGGGGUCCAUUGCCAGCAUAUUUCAACCCUUGCGAUCUCUCGUUCCCGAAUCUCGAGACCCUUUCUCUGCGCUACUAUACGCCAGCACACGAUGAUUCGCUCGACUGGAUCCUUGCUCAAAAGUCUAUAAAGCGCCUAAUCAUACAUCGCGGCAUGAUCGCAGCUAGGCUCAACAUCAGGAAUGAGAACGUGGAGGGUUGGCAGGUCAAGACGCAUGACUGGUAUCCCAUGGAGAAAUACGGAGACGAUGCAAGGACCAAAUCAUACGGCUACGACGGCAAGUGGAGCGAUUUCUUCGCCAGGAUUGCCGACGGUCUCCCAAAUCUGAUCGGUUUCAGUUUUAAUGGUCUCGGCUCGGAUGCUUUCGACUCACAUGAGGUUGGUGAUCCUGUCUCCAAAAACGAGGAGUACAACGCCUUCGCGAAGCGGUACGUCGUCUUCGAUGACUGUACUCUCCCAACCCACUGGCCCGAAGCGGAGUACGAUGGUGACCUCCAUUGCUGGUUGGGGCACAAUGUAUUUCCGAAUCUGCACAAGUUACACCUGGAUGAGGAUCGGGAAGGCCUGGACAGUCUGCUGGAGAAAUGCAGGGUCAGGGCGAAAAGAUGCUAG